AUGUUUUCCACAGCUAGUAUCCGCUGCUCCGCCUCGUUAACUCAGUCGAGUCUGCCAAACAGGAAGUGUUUUUACAUUGUUUACUUUCCCUCCUUUAGUUCUCAGAAGAGUCCUGUGGAGAGCAGAGCAUCAGAUCGUCUUCUCAGGAACUCUGGACAGAAGGGAUCCAAAGAAGAUGGGGAACAAUGUGGAACAUCAGAGGACUUCAGCGCCCUCUCUUCUGCUCGCUCUCCAGCCGACAGCAACCACGAGGAGGACGACAACGAGGUAGAAGAAGAAGAAGAAGAGGAGUGGAAACCAGACAAAGAGGAGAAAGAGGAGAAAGUGGACUCUUCAGAGAUAACAAAGAGAAAAAGAGUCAAAGAUUCAGGAGUCAAAUCAAAGAGAAGGAAACAGAUCAAGUCAUCUGUGAAGGUAGCGAGUGAUAGCAGCGGUGUUCCUGUGUCGUGUAAAGUGUGCAGAGCUCUGAGCGGCUCAGAGAACAUGUUGAUCAAACACUCGUGGAGUCACGUGGAGGAUCCAGAGAGACUGUGUGGAGUCUGUGGAGAACAGUCAGAGACUCCAGAGGAGCUGAGGACUCAUCUGAAGAGUCACAAGAAAACAUUCAGCUGUGACGUCUGUGGGAAGAACUUCCUGUCUGUGGUGGGUUUUCAGAGACAUGCCGUCCUUCACACGGGAGAGAAACCGUACGAGUGUGACGUCUGCCUGAAGAAAUAUGCGUCAAAAAACACUUUGAGGAAUCAUCGACUGGUUCACGUGGAGGAGAAACCACACAGAUGUGACGUCUGUGAUAAAACGUUUGUGUUCAAACAGCAGCUGAGGACUCACGCUGUGAGCCACACAGGUGAGAAGCCGUACACCUGCGACCUGUGCGGGAAGUCCGUGAGUGACCUCCGAUCUUUAUCUCUACACAAGACGAUCCACUCAGGAGAGAAACAUCACAGCUGUCCUGUGUGUGGGAAGAGUUUUUUCACUCGUAGAAAAGUGAAAGAACACGAGAAAAUUCACACAGAGAGAGCAUCAACGCACCUCUGUCACGUCUGCUGCACAAUGUUCCCGACGCGAGGUCAGCUGAAAGGUCACAUGACGACGCACGGUGACGAGAAGGUCACGUGCAGCGUGUGCGGGAAGGGGCUGUCGUCCAAAGGAACUCUGAGGAGACACAGGAUAACCCACAGUGGAGAGAGACCAUACCAGUGCUCCCAGUGCGGACUCUCGUUAAACGAUCGCCGCCAUCUUAGAAUCCAUGAAAAGAUCCACUCGGGCGUCAAAACCGUACGUGUGUCAGGUGUGUGGGAAUGCGUUCCUGCGCAGCUCGUACCUGAUAGUUCACAUGAGGACCCACAGCGGAGAGAAACCGUACGAGUGCACCGUGUGUGA